CAUCUGAACGCAACCCCAACAUAGCCAUGUUGUUUUGAUUGGUCCCGGCGUCCUCCUUCAGAGUGUGUCAACAAAUCCCGUGACAAAUAAUCCUGCUUGAAGUGUUGGAUGUUUCAAGUGAUACGAACCAGCAUUCUUUGCCUGCUUUGAAUUGCUUAAAAAGUUGAGUCAACUGUACCUAUAGUAAUGGACAUUCCAUGUUGUGGUAUAACCUAAAGUGAGAACAGAAAGAUCAUGCCAAAGAACAAAGGCAAUUCCAAAGGGAUGGUAAUGACUCGUGGACGUGGAAGAGGCAUGAGGGGGGGCAUGAUGCGUCCCAUGGGCCCCGGGGGCCCACACUUUGUACCAAAGAUGAAGCAGUUCGUGCCCCGUCUGCCAUUCGACAUGGUGCUCUGCGAGUCUGCCUUUCCGAAAGUCAAGCCAGCGCCUGAUGAAUCUGCUUUUACACAGGCCCUCCUGAAGAGGAACGCAGAUUUGUCGCCCACUCCUGCAGAGCAGGCAGCAGUCCUCAAUCUAGUCACAAAAAUCCAGGGGGUCAUGGACAACCUCAUCGUGGACCCGGGGAAUUUUGACGCUUGCGUAAGUGUCCAAAUAGAAGAAGUACGCCAAGUAGGGUCGUACAAAAAGGGCACAAUGAUGACAGGUCAUAAUGUGGCUGACAUCGUGGUCAUUCUCAAAACGCUCCCCACCAAAGAAGCCGUCGAAGCGUUGGGAAAGAAAGUGUGUGACGACCUCAGAACACAGGAGCCACACGAAGUUCUUGUUCUGACGAUGCUUCCCGACGACCGAGGUUUUGAGAUAAGCAACAGCGAGGCGACGGUAAGAGUUUUGGUCACGACAAUCCACCAGAACCUGCGUAAAUUAGACCCAGAGCUUCACCUUGACCAGAAAAUUCUUCAGUCACACUUAGCUGCUAUCAGACACAGUCGGUGGUUUGAAGAAAAUGCACAUCAUUCAACUAUAAAAGUCCUCAUCCGUUUACUAAGAGAUCUGCGUACCCGUUUCGAAGGUUUUGAUCCCCUAUCUCCAUGGAUGCUUGAUCUUUUAGCCCAUUACGCCAUAAUGAACAACCCAAGCAGACAGGCUUUGCCAAUCAACUCGGCCUUCAGACGUUGUCUACAGCUGCUUGCAGCCGGGCUUUUCUUACCAGGAUCUGCAGGCAUAUUUUCACUAGGUAUCAGUGACCCGUGCGAGGGGGGAAACAUUCGCGUCCACACGGCAAUGACGCUAGAGCAGCAAGACCUCGUUUGUCUCACAGCCCAGACAUUGCUGAGAGUCCUGUCUCAUGGGGGCUACAAACAGAUUCUGGGCCUGGAAGGAAAUUCUAGUAUAGCGAGUGAAAUGUCAGUGUGGGAUGGUGUUGUCGUAUCGGCGCUGGAAAAAGCCUACGAAAAGCCUCCCGAACGACCCCUACAAGACGACGACGCCAAUGACAUGGACGCAGACGACGAUCCGAUGGAAACUGCAGAUAAUUAAUGACAGUAGGCUGAAUGGUCAUGACCUUUUAAAUUUCCUUUAUAAUAGAGAUUUCUUCCUUCCCCAAUUAGAUUAAAAUCAAAUCAUUGCAAAGGUAUUAUAUCAAGAGUUGAAUGAAUGAGUGUUGAGAGUGUCCUGUGACAGAAGGUGCAUCUUCAAUUAUAGCCACUGUGCUGGAAUGUUAGAUGUCUAUUAGGAUGAGAAGUCACUGCCAUCUUUGGUAUAUAAAUCAGAAAUGAGAAUUUAAAAAAACAAUUUCGUGUAAAGGGUGAAAUGCAGUAUGUGAGACUGUUAGGAUAACUUAUCUCUGGGAAGGCCAGCUUCCACAUUUGUUAGGUAAUGAGCAAUUGAUUACCAUUCUCGUAAAAUGUAGUUUGGAAGUAGCUUUUGCAGUCUUGAAAUUCAUCUUGGCAUAACCAUUCAGAAGUUUUCUUUACUGGUUUUUUGUAAUGUUCUGUAUUUCUGUAUUGUAGUAAUUUGUAAACAGAAUUGUUUCUGUUUUAUGGAAAGAUAGUAGUGAAUUUCUUUUGUUAUUCACCAAGUAGUGGUAAGACAUCUUGUUUCGAGUACAACAAAAUGGGCUUGACGAGGUGAACUGCCAACUAUACAAGAGGAAUUGUUAAAUGAGACUAUUUUUAAUCAAAUUAAAUAUAGCCGUCUCACAUUUAUUAAUCUUUGAUAUUUUCUUGAAACGAGAACUCGUGUAGGAGAGCAAAUUUUAUUGUGUAUAUUGGUAGUUCAGCAUCACCCACUGUUUUUAAAGCUUGUCUUGCUACUCACUUGGUCAUAAAUAAAAUGUUCAAAAAUUUAAAGUUGAAUUUAAUGGCUAAAUAUUUUCCUGUUGGUGAAAAAAUUGUUUGUUACUUUUACAACAUAAAUAAAAAAAAAACAUGUUUAAAUUCUUUCCAGCAUCAGUCUUAUUUUAUUUAUUUCAUAUUUUGCAAGUAAAUUUUUAUUAAAA